GAGAUGACGACCGAAAGUUCACUGGCGCCGCUGGAGGCGCCCUCUCCUCUGAAUUCAAGUCCGACCUCUGUAGCGCAACAUCCCGCCCUACUAAGCUCCCAGACGGGCCUAGGCAGUCAGAGUGCCGUAAUAAAGGGCAAAAAGGCCAACUCUGGGUUGAGACGUCCCGAGAAACCGCCAUAUUCCUACAUUGCACUCAUUGUGAUGGCAAUCCAGAGCGCACCGACAAAACGUCUCACUCUCAGCGAAAUUUACCAGUUUCUACAGGCGCGAUUCCCAUUCUUCAGGGGUUCGUACCAAGGCUGGAAAAACUCUGUCCGACACAAUCUCUCCCUCAAUGAAUGCUUCAUCAAGUUACCUAAAGGUCUAGGACGCCCAGGGAAAGGUCACUACUGGACCAUAGAUCCUACUAGUGAGUUUAUGUUCGAAGAGGGCUCGUUUCGGCGCCGGCCUAGAGGAUUUCGAAGAAAAUGCCAAGCUUUCAAACCCAUGUACCGGAUGGUGAACGGCAUUGGCUUCGGAUCUGCACUUUUACCCCAAAGCUUCGACUUCCAAGCCUCCCCCACCUCACUUGCAUGCCACACCAACAGCUAUAAUAUGGAUGCGAUGGCUGGACCCGCAGGCGCUGGCGGUUAUGACGUGCUGGGUGGAGGCCACCAUGCGCCUAACAUGUCCCCCGAUUCUGACUCCGCAUAUAUGGCCAACUGUCAAGUCUCCGCGAAUGUGGAUUUUGGAGAGAACAGCAACAGUCCUGUGCCUGCUUCCCCCGCCAUGGCGAGCGCACUCAGCGGUCACUCGCCAUACCAUAGCGGCUCCACGCACUGGGCUACGUCAAGCGGCUCUUCAUACCUGAAACAGCCUCCUCUGAGCUCGAGUAUCCCGGUGUCUUCAGCUCUGCACUCCGGCAUGACUCCUUACUCUCUGGACCAGAGCUAUCUCCAGCAGAGCACCAGAGAAAACGUUGACAUUUCAGGAGGACCGCGGUAUCAUAUUCAUUCUUCCUCCAUGGGCGACCGGAGAGACUUUGUUCUGAACUUCAACAGAAUAUCUUCGUUCCAUCCUUCUGCCAGCGGAUCCUAUUAUCAACACCAGCACCACCAUCACCAUCAUCAUCAGAGUAUGCGUCAGGACGUCAAACCGUGCGUACUGUGA